GGAAAUAUGUACAUAUGUGCAUUUCGCUUGUGCAUAAAGACCGUGUGAGUCUUGUCGCUUCUCUUUCAUAUACGUUCUUUGGUGCAGGGGAACUGAAUUCGCCCGACGAAUACAGAAUAUGUAUUUGAGAUAAAUUCGUCGUGGGCUGCUUCAUUUGUUUACUUAAUCAGCUGAGCAAUGUUGUGUAUUUCGUGUGGUGUGCUAACAAAAAAAUAUAAAUGUCCGAAAUGUUUAGAAGCAUAUUGCUCGCUUUCCUGCUACAAGGAGCACCAAAAAACAACAUGCGAGCAGAAGCCCGUUGAAAACAAAACUCCAGAAGCGAGUCAGAACCAAGAGCCAACUUUGCACGAACCAUUCAGAACAGAAGAUACAGUACCGCGAAAUAAACUAGAACUUUUAAAGGACUGCAAAGGAUUACAUGACUUGCUCUACAAUCCACAUCUACGAAAUUUACUUAACGAAAUAGAUGUAGCCCCUAAUGCGUGGAAAGCUAUUAACGCAGCAAUGCAGGAACCGUUGUUCUUAGAAUUUGCUGAUGAAUGCCUUAAAGUUAUCGAGCCACAGAAUGCGGAAGAAACUUAAUACUUAAUUAUUUACAGAUGUAUUCGUUUGUUUACUUUACUAUAUAUAAUUAAAUCUGCACUUUAUUAUAAGUCAUCGUAAUCUCUUA